AUGAUACAGGAGGGCCAAGGAAAGCUCCCUGACUUUCAGGAUGGAACCAAAGUCACGUUCCACUACCAGACUCUUUGCAAUGACAAGGAGAACACCAUGCUGGAUGACAGCCAGCCAUGCGGCAAGCCCAUGGAGCUCAUCAUUGGCAAGAAGUUUAAGCUGCCCCUGUGGGAGACCAUCCUGCAUACCAUGUGGGAGGGGGAGAUUGCUCAGUUCUGCUGUGAUGUCAAGCAUGGUCCUAUAUCGGCUAUUGGCCAAGAGUUUACACAACAUUGCAGCCAGCAAGGACCUCCUGGAGGGCAUCACCCAGAUGCAGGAGCACAAUUCCCUGGGCCAUGCUGA